AUGGGGGCUUACAAAUACGUGGAAGAACUCUGGAAGAAGAAACAAUCCGACGUGUUGCGAUUUUUGCAACGCAUUCGCGUUUGGGAAUACCGUCAGCUUCCGUCCAUCUGCCGCGUGACUCGACCGACGAGACCGGACAAGGCGAGAAGAUUGGGGUACAAGGCUAAGCAAGGCUUCGUGAUUUACAGAGCGCGCGUGAGAAGAGGUGGCCGUAAGCGUCCGGUGCGCAAGGGUAUCGUCAAUGGGAAGCCGGUGCACUGCGGCAUCACAAAGUUGAAGUUUGCGAGAAACUUGAAGUCUGUCGCGGAGGAGAGAGCGGCGAGAAGAUGCGGCGCGUUGAGAGUCUUAAACUCGUAUUGGUUGAACCAAGAUUCUGUGUACAAGUACUAUGAAGUCAUCAUGGUUGACCCGAUGCACAAGGCUAUUAGAUCUGAUCCGAGAAUCAACUGGAUCUGCGCGCCGACGCACAAGGGCAGAGCGAUGAGAGGCUUGACUUCGGCGGGGAGAAAGCACAGAGGUUUACACGGCAAGGGCCACAACUACACGAAAAACAGAUCGUCCAAGCACGCCCAGUGGAAGAACAACAACAGACUUUCGCUCAAGAGAUAUCGUUAA